AUGGCUGAAUAUUUAGCGGCUAUUUUUGGUACCGAAAAGGACAAAGUUAAUUGUUCUUUUUAUUUCAAAAUCGGAGCAUGCAGACAUGGUGACAGAUGCUCUAGAAUUCAUAACAAGCCAACCUUCUCCCAGACAGUGCUUCUUCAAAAUCUGUAUGUUAAUCCACAAAACUCUGCUAAAUCUGCUGAUGGGAGUCAUUUGGUAGUGGCUAAUGUAUCAGAUGAAGAGAUGCAGGAGCAUUAUGAUAAUUUUUUUGAAGAUGUCUUUGUUGAAUGCGAAGACAAAUAUGGAGAAAUUGAGGAAAUGAAUGUUUGUGACAAUCUUGGUGACCACUUAGUGGGCAAUGUCUAUAUCAAGUUUCGCCGUGAAGAAGAUGCAGAAAAGGCUGUCAAUGAUCUAAACAACCGUUGGUUUGGUGGACGGCCAGUCUAUGCCGAACUCUCUCCGGUGACAGAUUUUCGAGAGGCCUGUUGUCGCCAGUAUGAGAUGGGAGAAUGUACUCGUAGUGGGUUUUGUAACUUUAUGCAUCUCAAACCCAUUUCAAGAGAAUUAAGAAGGUAUUUAUACGCCCGUCGCAAGGGCGGAAAAGGGCGUUCCCGCUCUCGCUCCCGCGAACGCCGCCGCCGUUCCCGCUCUCGUGAACGUCGUCGUGAACCGCCGCGUAACUCUCGCGCGGGUCGGUACUAA